AUGUCGGACGGUCCUAGACAGCGAGGCGCUGCUUCCAAGGAUGCUGCCGGUGAGGAGUCCGAAGGAGGAGGAGGCGGAGGAGUUGCGCUCAAGAAGGAAAUCGGCCUCGUGAGCGCCUGCGGUAUUAUAGUAGGUAACAUUAUCGGCUCGGGAAUUUUCGUCAGUCCGAAGGGCGUGAUGGAGAACGCCAGCUCCGUAGGCAUGGCCCUCGUCGUGUGGAUCAUCACCGGCGUCAUCACCGCGAUCGGCGCGCUUUGCUACGCCGAGCUGGGCGUCACCAUCCCCAAGUCCGGGGGAGACUAUUCCUACGUCAAGGACAUUUUCGGAGGCUUGGCCGGGUUCCUGCGGCUGUGGAUCGCCGUGCUGGUGAUUUACCCCACCAACCAAGCGGUGAUUGCGCUGACGUUCUCCAACUAUGUCCUGCAGCCCCUUUUCCCUACCUGUCUCCCGCCAGACUCCGGCCUGCGCCUGCUGGCUGCCGUUUGCCUCUUGCUGUUGACGUGGGUGAACUGCUACAGCGUGAGGUGGGCAACCAGGGUGCAAGACAUCUUCACGGCAGGGAAGCUGCUCGCCCUGGCCCUCAUUAUCAUCAUGGGCAUCGUGCAGAUCUGCAAGGGGGAGUACUACUGGUUAGAGCCGGCCAAUGCCUUUGAGCCAUUCCAAGACUAUGACGUGGGAUUGCUAGCGUUAGCCUUCCUUCAAGGCUCCUUCGCCUACGGUGGAUGGAACUUCCUCAACUAUGUCACAGAAGAGCUGGUGGAUCCUUACGUGAACCUCCCACGAGCAAUCUACAUCUCCAUCCCGGUGGUGACUUUCGUUUACGUGUUUGCUAACAUUGCUUACGUCACGGCAAUGAGCCCACAGGAGCUGCUGGCAUCCAAGGCUGUCGCCGUGACGUUUGGCGAGAAGCUGCUGGGUGUUAUGGCGUGGAUCAUGCCCAUCUCGGUGGCCCUGUCAACCUUCGGGGGAGUCAACGGUUCCCUCUUCACGUCGUCGAGAUUGUUCUUUGCUGGUGCCAGAGAGGGACACCUCCCGAGUCUGCUAGCAAUGAUUCACGUGAAACGCUGCACUCCAAUCCCGGCUCUGCUUUUUACCUGCCUGUCCACCUUGCUCAUGCUGUGCACAAGUGACAUGUACACCCUCAUCAACUACGUAGGAUUCAUCAACUACCUCUUCUACGGCGUCACCGUCGCCGGGCAGAUUGUACUGCGGAUCAAGCAGCCGAACAUGCACAGGCCAAUCAAGAUCAACCUGAUUUGGCCGGUGAUUUACCUCCUCUUCUGGGCCUUCCUGCUCAUCUUCUCGCUGUACUCGGAGCCCGUGGUGUGCGGCAUCGGCCUGGCCAUCAUGCUCACCGGCGUGCCCGUCUAUUUUCUGGGCGUCUACUGGGACAACAAGCCAAAAUGCUUUGAUGCCUUUGUCGACAAGAUGACAUAUUUGGGUCAGAAGUUUUGCGUGGUGGUUUAUCCGGCUCAGAAGUCGGACGACAGAGACGAGGGUGAGGAAAUGAAGGAGGCCUUGUCCCCUCUGUCCAAAGAGGACGGCGAACACCAAAGAUCGGCGGACUGCUGA